CUGCAGUAACGGUGUGUGUCCCAGUGCUCUGAGAUUGACAGUAUUAACUCCUCUGUUUCUGACUCGGAGUCUCUGCCGUGGCUGAAGGUGUGUAGCGGGCUGAUCAGGAACCACAGGUACCAACCAGGUGAGACGCGGUUCGAGACUACACAGAGAUACUGCUCGGGAGUUCUGGUCAUUGGGAGUAUAUGGCGCAUGCUGAGAAAACCCCACUUUACCAUCCGAGCAGUUCCUUAGUCUCACUGGGACAAGCUUUCUGGUGGGAAAAGCUUUCACUGGGACAGGAGCCCUUGUGAAUAUAACGAGGCCGGCGAAGGAGUCCAAGCUGUUUGAUGACUAGAAUACACGAUGGAGUAGUGUAAUUGUUGAACUUCAUCAGCUGGUCAACAGAAUAGUUCAACAUUGUGCUGAUCGCAGGAAAACUCACCCACCGUUAGCCACAUAGCUGUAAAUUGUAAUCCAGACCAUUUCAGGAUGUGAAGAAAACGUACAAGCAUCAGCAUCAUUUAAAAUGAUCCAACACACACCGUAGUCUUUUAGUAUCCAACAGGCGCUGAGAUUAUCCGAUGAAAAAGAAAUAGAGCAACAGGGGCAGUAGUAAUAACAGGAGUGUGUAAAAAGAUCAAAAUGAAAAGAAAAAUACUAUAAAAAUACAAUAAAAUAUGAUAAAAUACGAUAACGGUAGCGGCAGCCAGAUGCGCCAGCGUCCACAAUCACCAUGACAACAUUAAUUAGGUGUACACAGUAAAGAAGAACAGGUUAACUGUUUAUUUGAAGGAAGUCCGUGUUGACGUUCGUUCUGCUGGUCAAGAAACUACUCACCUGCUUCUGAGAACAACAUCGUGAAACAGCAGCUUUUCACCAUAGUGCCAUGGAGUUUCCAGAUCUGGGUGAACACUGUUCAGAAAAGUCCUGCACGCAGUUGGAUUUUCUGCCGAUGAGAUGUGAUGCGUGUGAAGGAAUUUUCUGCAAAGACCACAUAACUUACGCUAGUCACAAGUGUACUUCCUCGUAUAAAAAGGAUGUCCAAGUCCCAGUGUGCCCACUUUGCAAUACCCCAAUUCCCAUCAAAAGAGGGGAAAUGCCAGAUAUCAAGGUUGGGGAGCAUAUAGACCGUGACUGCAAGUCUGAUCCUGCACAAAGAAAAAGAAAGAUUUUUACAAAUAAAUGCUCCAAAGGAGGCUGCAAGCAGAAGGAAAUGAUUCGUGUGACCUGUGACCAGUGUCACCUGAACUACUGUCUUAAGCACAGACAUCCACUGGACCAUGAUUGUAAGACUGAUGGCAAGUCAGUCUCUAAAUCAGGACAUGCUGCUUUAAUACGAGCUCAGUGUGCUUCCAGCAGUAGCGCAACAGGCUCAUCCAUCACAGGAAGCUCCAGAAAUGCUUCGACUGUGGCAAAUGGGAACAUACGCACACGGAAUAGCAGUGCACAAAGGACGUCGGCCUCUUCAGCGGUUCAUCCUCCAACACAAAAUCCAAUACCUUCAUCAGCAUCCUUUCAGGCUGGAUUGACAGAGGAGCAGGCUCUCCAACGAGCAUUAGAGAUGUCACUGGCUGAAUCGCCCCGAACCACCCAGUCUACACUCAGUCCUCAGGAGCAGGAGGAUCUGGCGCUGGCUCAGGCCCUUGCUGCUAGUGAGGAGGAGUACCGACGACAGCAGCAGAGACAACAGGAAAGGGAUUCCAAGCAGUCCAACUGCCUUCUUUCAUAAUGUCAGCUCAAGAGGAUCCAAUGCAAUCUGCCUCAACCUAUACAGAAAAACACUGGUACCAGUUAUCUGAACAGACCAUUCCUCAGUUCAGCAUACGGUCUCCACAGACUGACGAUGCACUCAUUUUAACUACAGAGCUGUAUGUAAAUAUUUUAUAUUAUAAUCAGAUUAAUACAUAUUCAGUGUAGAUGUUUCUGAAAAUAAAUUAUUUUAAACAUAUUGUAAAAAAAAAAAAAAAAAAAAAAAAAAAAAAAAACGUGAGCCAGUGAUAGCUCAGUGGUUAAGGUACUGGACUAGUAAACAGAAGGUUGCCGGUUCAAGCCCCGCCACCACCAAGUUGCCACUGUUGGGUCCCUGAGCAAGGCCCUUAACCCUCAAUUGCUCAUCGUGUUCUGCUCGUUGAGUAAGUCGCUUUGGAUAAAAGCGUCUGCUAAAUGCUGAAAAUGUAAAUGUAAAUGUAAACUGCACUGCAUGCAAAACUUUCCUCAUAAAAAGAAGCACAUCUAAAACAGAAAAGUUGCACAUGAUAAGAACGUCCAUAGAACAUGUGGCUUUUAACAUGUGAUACUGUUAAUCUGUGUCUGCAGAUACCUUACAGAGUUUGUGGACCUGGGAAAUGUUUCAGCUCUGAGAACUUUCCGU